CGCCCCGCGGAAGUCGCAGCGGCGCCGGGUCCAUGUGGCGUCGGCUCCGCUCCGCCCUCCGGAGCCUCCGCGGCUCCUUCGCCGCACCUCCGCACGGCGGUGGCGGCCACCCGCCCGUCGCCAUGGAGCGCGCCGUGGUGCGCUGCGUGCCGUCCGAGCCCAAGCUGAGCCUGCGGUUCGUGCUGCCCGACGGCAGUGCUCGGCACAUGCAGCGCGACCAGGAGGAGCCGCUGGGGCGGGCACUGGCGCGCAUCGCCACCAACGCCGCUAAGAGCCACGGCAAGGCGGGCAAGAAGAGCAAGAAGGUGCGGGCGGAGGACAGCGCGGAGGGCGAGGCGGCGGUGCCGGCAGUGCGGCUGUUCUCCCGCGACGGCGCGGCGGUGGCGGAGGAGGUGCCGAACGCGGCUGCCUGGCAGGACGGCGCCGUGCUGCACAUCGGGGACGCGCGAUACCGCGUGGAGCGCAACCCGCCCGCGCUCACCGAGCUCCGCCUGCCGCGCUCGCUCCUCGCCGGCUUCCCCGUGUGCCCCAAGGUGAGCGCCGAGUUCGCCGCGCCGCAGCACUGCCUGUUCCGCUGGUUCCGCGAGCAGCGCCCCGCGAGCGGCGGGGAAGAGGCUGGGGAGGCCUGGGUGGAGACGGCGGUGGCCGAGCGCGUGUUCACGCCGUCGAACGCGCUGGUGGGACUGCGGCUGAAGCUGCGCUGCACGCCCGGGGACGGGGAGCAGCGCUACGGCCCGGCCCUCGAGGUGGAAAGCAGCGGUCCCGUGGAGGCCGGGCCCGGCGCUUGCACCUUCGACGCCCGGCACCUCUACACCAAGAAGGUUUGCGGCCACGGCUCCGUCCGCGCCGUCUCCUACAACAUCCUGGCCGACGCCUACGCGCAGACAGAGUUCUCCCGCACCGUGCUCUACCCCUAUUGCGCUCCUUACGCCCUGGAGAUCGACUACCGCCAGAACCUACUCAAGAAGGAGCUGGCGGGCUACAGCGCCGACCUCAUCUGCUUGCAAGAGGUGGAUAAAUCUGUCUUCGUAGACAGCUUGGCCCCGGCGCUAGAUGCUUUUGGACUGGAGGGGCUGUUCAGGAUUAAGGAGAAGCAGCACGAAGGCCUGGCCACUUUCUAUCGCAGGGACAAGUUCAGCCUCCUCAGCCAGCACGACAUCGCUUUCAGCGAAGCCCUGCUCUCAGAGCCGCUGCACAAGGAGCUGAGUGAGCAGCUGGCCAAGUACCCCCUGGUGCAGGAGAAGGUGCUGCAGAGGUCCUCGGUGCUGCAGGUUUCGGUUCUUCAGUCUACCACUGAUCCUUCCAGGAAGCUUUGUGUAGCAAAUACUCACCUAUACUGGCACCCCAAAGGUGGGAACAUCCGUCUGAUCCAGAUUGCUGUAGCCAUGUCUCACAUCAAGCAUGUAGCAUGUGACCUGUAUCCCAGGAUCCCAGUCAUAUUCUGUGGAGAUUUUAAUAGCACACCCUCCUCAGGAGCUUACAGUUUUAUCAGCAGUGGUGGCAUUGCUGAAGAUCAUGAAGACUGGGUCUCAAAUGGGGAGGAAGAAAGGUGCAGUAUGACUCUAAGCCAUCCUUUCAAACUGCUUAGUGCUUGUGGAGAGCCUGCUUAUACAAACUAUGUUGGUGGGUUUCAUGGAUGUCUGGACUACAUUUUCAUUGACAGAAACGCUCUAGAGGUGGAACAAGUUAUUCCAUUGCCAAGUCAUGAAGAAAUAACAACCCACCAGGCUUUGCCAAGUGUUUCACAUCCUUCUGAUCAUAUAGCACUAAUAUGUGACUUGAAGUGGAAAUAGAGUAGCUCUGGCAUGGUGCUUUUGGAGGUUUUUAAACAAGAAAUGUAAUUUAAUGUCCUGCUGGGCAGCUGAGGUUAGACCCUGACUUGUAUGCUACUAAAAGGAAAGCCAAAAUGAUUAAUGAAGAGUUCAUGUGUUUAAUGGCUUUACUGAGUAUUGUCACAGUGUUCAGAAUAUUUGCAUGACAACUUCCCCCUUUUUAUAUGCUAAUGGGAAAAAAUACAUUGAAGACAGGGUUUUGAAAAUUGGUUUGUCAUAUACCUUUUUAGUGGUGUUUUUAAAGAAUUAAGAAUUAUUUUGUUUAAAAAAAAAAGGAAUUUAAUCUGAUUUGUAAGACAGUCUGCAAAUUGAACCCUUUUUAAUUCACAAAUAAACACAGAACCCAAACCCAAAUGGAUUUAGUUGACUCCACUUUGAUUAAUAUCAUGGUAAUUUAGGUUCAUAAAUUGUCUUGAUCACGUACCAUUACUAUGGCACAACUUCUAGUAAGUUGCAAGAACGAUGUACUUGUACCUACCAACUUCUGAAAUUAUGUUGUUAUCUGUGAGUAGACCUUGUCAAAAAUUAACCAUGUUAAAUUCAAGGCUAUAAUUGAUUUGGAAGCAAUUUGUCUGCCCACAUAACAUGGGUAAUGAGGAUAAUGUUAACACCUUCUGAAAUUGGACUACAUGAAGAAACAGCAUCUACUUUGAACAUAUGCUCCUUCUGGUUUGAGUCAUCAGCAAUAAAAGAUACUGGAGUUUAGGAUAGCCAGCUUUGGAUGGUUGCUCCCUGGGAGGGAGAUUUUUAUCACUGUCAUCUGUUUUCAGGUGGGGAGAGGUACAGAACAAUGUGGUGCAUUAGUUAUCUGUCCCUACCUCUUUACAAAGAAACACAAGUGAAUUGCAAACCCUUAUCACAAUGGUUGUAUUUUGUUUCUCUCUUGCAUACAAAGACAGCCUGGAUUUCUAGUGUUUUUACAUGCAUAUUUUCUUUAUAAAUAGCCUAGUUUGCCCUAUUUUAUAGGAUGCAGGGAAGUGUAUUUUAUCCAUACCUUCACGGAAUGUGUUGGAGUGGGUUCAGUCAUUUAACAAGCUUCUUGCCCUGCAUCAUUCAUUCAUGGGAAACAAAGCAUUUGGAAACAAUUCACUAGAUCUUCCUCUUUCACCUAAUAAAACUCCCUUUAUCAAUUGUC